CUCUCUCUCUGUCUGUCUCCGGGACACCCGGGCCGCCCUUCGGAGGUGAAAUCGGGGUCGUCGCCCUAGGCCCGCCCGUCCGAUCACUCCCGGGCUAGGCGGGACCCGGGGCCACGCGGGACCGACGGACCUGUAGAAGCGCAGACCCGCACUCUGGAGAGGAGCUGCCACCUCUGCACCCCGUCACCAUGGACCCUCCAUCACUGGAUGCCGCCAUCCAGCACGCCCUGGCAGGCCUCUACCCGCCUUUUGAGUCCACUGCGCCCAUUGUCCUGAGUCAGGUGUUCCGGCUACUGGACUCUGACUUCCAGGGGGAUGGGCUGAGCUUCCUCCUAGAUUUCCUGAUUCCCGCCAAGCGCCUGUGUGAGCAAGUGCGUGAAGCUGCCUGUGCUCCCUACACCCACCACCUCUUCCUGCACGAGGGCUGGCCACUCUGCCUGCGGGAUGAAGUUGUGGUCCACUUGGCUCCACUCAAUCCCCUCUUAUUGCGCCAGGGUGACUUCUACCUCCAAGUGGAGCCCCGGGAGGAGCAGUCCGUCAGCAUGGUGAUCAAAUGCCUCUCCUUGGACCUCCGUACAGUGGACAAGAAGCCCAUUCCUGAGUCAUCCCACUCUCUGAUUUUCACUCAAGAGUGGCUAGAAGCUGUCAACAGUGACUUUGAGGGAAGACCUUUGCACAACUGCCUGGUGGCUUCAAACAAUGGGAUUGCCCCUGUGCCUUGGACCAAGAUCGCCAGCCCAGAGUUUGUGGAUGGUCGACCCCAGGCAAUGACAGUCCCUUCACCUGCCUGGGACUCCCUUCCACUGGAGGCACCUGAUCUGAGUAGCUCCCAAGAGCUGCACCUGGCCAGCUCCACAGGCAGCUGGGUGCUUCUGGCCCAGAAUUCUGUCAAGGAAAUGGGUAGGACAUCUAGGAGCAAGUAUCCGGGACUCAUCAAGGUAGAGAAAACCAAGCCUGGGGAGGAGGCCUUCAAGAUGGACAGUGGGCUCAGCCAGGCCUUAGAGGGAGACUACGUGGCUCUCCUGGACUUUUCCCAAGAAAAUACAGGAAAGUCUCCCAGGAGGGAAGUAGAGGUGCCCAGUGGGUAUAGUUUGGGGGCACUAGAGGAACUAGGUGGGACUAGGGAGAUUCCUCUGUCUCAAAGGACACUGGCUAUCUCGGAGCCUGAUAGGGGCUUGCAAAACUGGGAUUGUGCAAAGCCAGCAAACUCAGAGGAGGAGCCCAGUAUUUUUGGAUUGGAGAGAAAGGUCAAGCAUAAAGGGCUUGCCCACAACUCAGAGAGACAGCCCUACCUUAGUGUUCCCAACGAGCCACUGGACUAUGCCUCUGGCCUCUGGGCAGCUGUCUCAGAAGAGCCAACUAUCUCCAAGAUGCAAGAACCUCUGGCAAACCCAGAGACUGUGGUCCAGCUCAGGCCUGGACCAAGACAAGCAUCUUCUCCUUGCCUGUCCCCAGCUUCUCCUGUGGGCGCAGCCUCUGAAACCAAGAUGGAAAAGACCAAGCAGGGAGACAGAAGACUUCCCAAGCCCAUGGACCAUGUUAGUCAGAACACCUCCUCUUCUUCCUCCUCUGGGUCCUCCACUGUUGGGCUCAAAUUCUCCUUUUUGAAGGGGCAGAGGCGAUCUCCUGUGCCUCAGGACAGUACUUCGCUCCAGCAUGAUGGGCCUUGGAAAGUUCUGUGUUCAUUGUACUCUCCCAAACCACACCGAGCCAAACCUCUGGAGAAAGAUGGAACAACUCAGACAAAAACAUCUGGCCCUGUUGCUGACUCAGACCUACUGUCUGGGAAGAAAGCUGGCUUCCCAGAAGCUGCGGCAGGCCCCCCAGAAAGAGGCCCUGGCCUGGAGGAGGAGCCCUUAGGGCCUGAGCCCAGGAUUAGGACCAUGUGUGCCGAGGUCUUCCACUCCAGGAUAGCCUGCCUGCCAGGUGGUCGAGACAGGGCAGGGCGGCCCCUCCUUCUGGUGUCCACUGCAGAGGAGGCCUGGAAAGCACCAUGGUGCACAGCCUCGGAGGUCACCAAGGUGCUGUCAUACCUGUGCAGCAUCCCCAGGCUGGAAGAUAAAGCCAAGGGGCUGGUGGUUGUGAUUGAUGCCAGGAAACAACCCCCACAGCCUGCUCUGGUCAGCGCCCUGCAGGACACCCAGCAGGCUGUGGUCCUGGCCUCCGGCAGCGCACUGCUCAUCCUGGGGGAGAAGGAGGAUGCUCUCCGGCUGCAGGUGUCACCUGACAUCCAGGUGGAGGUGCUGGCCUCCCUGAAGGCCCUCAGCCACCAUGUGGACCCCGACCAGCUGCCUGCAGCUCUGGAAGGCUCCUUCCCCUACUGCCACGGCGAGUGGGUGCAAUUCUUCCAGAAGGUGGAUCCUUUCCUCGCUGAGCUUCAACGGGCCUCCUCCCUGCUGCGGGCUUCCAUCGAGGAGUUUGAGAAGGGCGAGCCCCCCGGGGGGGUGCAGGAGGCCACCAGGUGUCUGAGCAAGUCCAAGGAGCUGAUGGAGGCCGUGUUGAGAGACCCAGGUCUGCUGGGCCUGCAGCAGGAAGGUGGCGCCACCCUAGCCAGGCUGCAGUGUGAGGCCAGCAGGCUGGACUCUAACCCUGACAUCAGGAGCCAUCUGGCUGAAGCAGCUGCCCUGUACAGCCUUGUGGAUGAGCAGCUUCACAUCCUGGUCACCACAUCCAACCACCUCCUGGGGAGGCUGGAGCUCCGCAUCCGCCUGGGCUACCUGGAGGCUGCCAUCCGCCAGGUCAGCGACUGGAUGGAGCAGGAAGGGAGCCAGUGCCUGCAGGCGCUCAGCCCCGAGGAUGGAAGUAUGGAGACAGUGGCACAAGUCCAUGCCGAGUUCGAGGCCUUCUUCCUGCAGGCUGCUGCCCAGUACCGCCGUGGCCUGGAGCUGUCCAAACAGGCAGCCCAACUGGGAGCUGCGGCCAGAGGGGCUGGUGAGGCUGGAGGCGAGGGUCUCCCAGGGCUGGGGGCCUUUGCCGCCACCCAGAGGGCCUUUCAGGCCAAGCUGACUCACUUCUACAUGGCGGCUGAACGGCAGCGCACAGACCUCGACACACUGCUACACUUGCAUCGCUUCUGCAAGAAGAUGACCUGGUUCCACAUGGACUGCCAGGACCUGGUGAGCCAGCUCAGGCUAGGCAAGGCACAGAGGGCCAGCCCUGGGGACCAGCGCCGCCUACACCGCUACCUGCAGCGUCUGAUAUCUGAGUUCCCUGCGGAGAAGUUGGCAGCCAUGGCACUGCAGGUGGCCUCCCUGAGCCGGGCGGGCCUAGGUCAGGACCUGUGGCAGGAAGCCCGGGGGAGACACCAGGAGAUCCAGAGCCUGCUCAAGAAGGCGCUGGCCCACUGCUCUUGCCCGGCAGACUCCACUGCCCACUUGGAACCCUCAGAACCAAAAGGGGCAGCAUCCAAGGGCUGGGGUCUGAGUGGAGAAGUGGCUUCCAAGGGGAAAUGGGACCUGCCCCUGCAGGACUCUUUGGGUAUGGAUCAUUUGCCAAAACGCUGCUGGCCUCCUUGGGCUGCCAGAAGCCGGCAGAACAGAACUCUCCAGGCAGACCCUCCGUGCCUCAGCCAGGUGGUAAAGGCUGAUGACACCAGAGGCUCCCGGGAGCUCCUGAAGCACUCUCCUGUCGCCCUCUUCUCCUGGCAGUGGCUCCCCAGAAAGAGCCAGGUCUCCUGCCCCACGGGGGACAGCUUCUCCUCAGAGGGUACAGACUCACAGACAUCUCUGGAGGACUCGCCCCAAACAAGUCCACCUGCAUCCCUCUAACUGGGGACACCCCUCGUGACACCAAGCUCUGGGGUGGCUGGCACAAGACCAUCUGGAGGGAGAGCUGGGGCACCCUGGUCAGUCCCUUGGACACUUGGACAGCUGGACUGUGCUAGGAGGACAGGAACUGUGCCCCUGCUUCUGGCUCCAGAAAACUCCAGGAAGAGCCGCUUCUCACACAUGCAGAAUUGGGGAUGUGGGAGCCAGGACCCCCAUGCAAUAAAGCGUUUGUCAGCCCUGUCACUCCAGCAUC